GGUAAAAAGAGACUCCCGGCCCGCGCGCUCUGAUUGGCUGGGCGGAUGGGCUCGGCCACCACCCCAUGGCGCUUCAGAGCUCGCGGGUUGAGUCCGGGAGCUGUUCGGGAUCUGGAGCCGAGAGCCUGCAGUCGCAGGAUUCCCAGGAGCCAUGUUGUCUCAAGUCCUGCUGGUGUCCGCUCCAGGGAAAGUCAUCCUUCAUGGAGAGCAUUCUGUGGUCCAUGGCAAGGUAGCACUGGCUGUGGCCUUGAACUUGAGAACAUUCCUCCGGCUUCAGCCCCACAACAGUGGGAAAGUGAGCCUCAGGUUACCAAACAUUGGCAUCCAGCAGACCUGGGAUGUGGCCAGGCUUCAGCUGCUGGACACCAGCUUUCUGGAGCAAGGCGACCUCACAGAGCAAGUGGAGAAGCUGAAGGAGGUGGCGGGCUUCUCCAAGGACUCCACCAACCACGACUGCCUGGCGGUGCCGGCCUUCCUUUACUUGUACCUGACCAUCUGCCGGAGUCAGAGGACCCUGCCCAGCCUGGACAUUGCCGUGUGGUCAGAGCUGCCCACUGGGGCCGGCCUGGGCUCCAGUGCCGCCUACUCCGUGUGUCUGGCAGCCGCACUCCUGACCGCAUGCGAGGAGAUCCCAAACCCGCUGAAGGACGGGGAGGCCACUGGCAGGUGGACCGAAGAGAACCUGGAGUUAAUUAACAAGUGGGCCUUCCAGGGGGAGAGGGUGAUUCAUGGGAACCCAUCUGGAGUGGACAACGCCGUUAGUACCUGGGGAGGAGCGCUCCGAUACCAGCAAGGGAAGAUUUCACCCUUGAAGAGAUGCACUGUGCCAGGGCCUCGGGCUAUAAAGAUGGAUCUGGACUUAGUCCUGGGCAGCAGGAACAGACCUGCACAAGCCACCGAAAGACAGCGUGGGGGUUGCCACCAUGAAGGCGUCCCAGUGGAGCAGGGCCAGAGCCCGAGGAAGGCUUGUGGGAAGCUGAGCGUGGAGGGGGCGUUUGGCAACUUUCUGCCUGUUUUAUGUUUCUUCCCCUCACCCCCACCUCCACUCUGGAGGCACUGGAGGUACAAACAUCCAAAGUCCCCUGUACUGUGUGCACUUUGCGUGGAACCACUGGGGGCAUGUGGCCAGGAGCGAGUACCUCUUGGCUGACCCCUAAGCCCUCCAUCCAUCAAAUUGGGGACAGAGGGUGGGUUGGGGGUGGGGCUUUCUGUGAGGGCUACCGGGCUUGCUCUCACGUUCCUCAGCCAAGGACAGCACUUUCUUGGCGACUGGACAGCAGGUCCCUGCUGUCUGCCCUCGCCAGCUGGGCCGCUCCAUUCAUGGCUCAGUGACCUGCCAGGCUGUGGUGCGGGACUCCUGCCUGCACCUCUGGCAUCUUCCCACCCCUGCCCUGUCAGCUUCCGGGAGCCAGGUCUGCCUUUCAGCGUUUCUUUAACCUCAGCACUGUGGACAUUUGGGGCUGAAGGAUUCUUUGCAGGGGGGGCCCAUCCUGUGCCGCAUGGGAUGUUUAUCCACAUCCCUGAGCUCUGCUCACUAGAUGCCCUUAGCACCUCCCUCAUCUCACAGUGUGACAACCAAAGAUAGUUCUGGACAUUGCCUCAUGUGCUCCAGAAGGCAAGUCCCCCUGGGUGACAAUCACUGCUCUACACAGAGGAGGAAGUGGAGCCAUUUAGGUGCAUGGCACAGCUCCUUUGACUGCUUGUGGAAUGGGUGGCAGGGCCUGUCGCCCAGGUGGCUGUAUGCAGUGGGAUCAGAAGCUAGGGCAGGUACUGAGGUGUCUGGGCCCAGGCCUGCCCUCAGGGCUCUGGGUCUGUUGGAGGAAGUGGUCACUGCUGUAGCCCUCUGGGUUCUGAAGCUGCUGGGGAUGACAGUGCGGAGGUCCCAGGUCAGGCUGCGGAUCCGGGAUGUCCUUCUUGGGGCUGGGGCAGUUCCUUCACUCAGUGUUUCCCGAGAGCUUCUUGUACCCUAAGUGCUGAGCUGGGCCCAGUGGAGGUGUGGCAUGGGGAAGCAGAGGAGAGGACCCGAGGGGUGCACAGGGGUCGGGUGGCCCCAGAGGCUCUGGGCUCUGCAGGCCCGAGUCUGAGCCUGGCUUUGCCAUUUGCCCACUAGGUGCACUUGAGUGAGUCACUUCUGUCUUUUUGUUUAUAUCACGAGGAUCCUGAGCUUGAAAUCAGAAACAUCAAAUGCUGAUUAGAUUUUAUUUUAUUAUUUUUAGGGCCACACCUGCGGCAUAUAGAGGUUCCCAGGCUAGGGCUCAAAUCAGAGCUGUAGCCUCUGGCCUAAGCCACAGCCACAGCAACGUUCAGAGCCUUAGAUCCAAGCCGUGUCUGUGACCUAUACUACAGCUCACAGCAAUGCCGGAUCCUUAAUCCAGGCCAGGGAUCAAAUCAACAUCCUCAUGGAUGCUAGUCAAAUUCAUUUCCCCUGAGCCACAAUGGGAACUCCCUGAUUAGCUCUUUCUUGACCACAUUCAUUCAUCUGGUCCAUAAAUAUCUGUGAACAACUCCUGCAUGCUGGGGCCUCAGCAGGGAACCCAAAGUCCUGGAACUCCCACUUUGUGGGGGGAGACCACCCUCCCAGAGACAGUUCCAAGAGCACUGACGGCCUGCGCCCCAGGCCACAGGACACAAAGCAGAGUGAGGACUGGAACAUGGAGGAGGGGUCCAGUUGGACAGGCUGAUCAGGUCCCUGAUGAGGUGAGCAGAGCUGCCCAGGCCACAGGCAGGCCCCUGGCAGAGGAGGCACACAUGCAAAGGCCUUAGGCAGGAGUGUGCCAACAUGUUGAGCAGCCAGGGGCCCAGGGUGGCUGAGUGGAGUGAGCUCCAGGGAGGGCUGAGACGAGAUGUGGCUGGGGACGUAGCCAGGCCUGGAUCACAUAGCAGUUACAGGACAGACUCCUGUGUGGUCGCCACUGGAGGUCUGGGAGCCCUGGGUUUUGUGGGGCUGGCAAGGCUGGCAGCAGGUCCAUUUGCAGGGAACUCUGUCUGAGGAGGAUGAAGACAUGAUACCCAAACUCCUCCCACCCCGAAGGAUGGGGACGCAGAGUGAACCGACCUUGGCCGCUGGCUACAGGGCGCCGCGGUGAGCAGAUGGCAGGCUCUCCAAGAAGCCAGGAGGCCAGACUCCACAUUAAUCCCGCCGAUGGCUUAAAGAGGAGCCCUUUCCCCCUAAACCAUGCAUGGUGCUUCUCCAUAAAAAAAAAUGCAUUGUUUGCGGAGUGGAUCAAGAUGCAGCCUCCUAGAGCACUGCCCUUUUGAGGAACGGCUGGUCCUUAAAGGAAAGAGAAAAGCCAAAUAGAAUGUUCAUCUUUCAUAAAGUGGAAAAAAAAAAAAAAAAAAAAAAAAGCUGGCCUCCAA